CUCUUUUCAGUGCUUUUGUCGUCGCCCGCCUAUAAAGAAGCAAGCCACCGCAAACCAAAUUCAUAGCAUUUUGCGGUUAGCUGAUGCAGCAGAGAGGUAGAAGCUGUAAUUGUAAAUCGAGGUCCUUUUCUAGAUCUCGCCUUGCUAUUGAAGGCUUUUAGCUGCAAUUGAAAGAUCACAAGUUUCUAAUCAAACAGUUAUCGCAACCAUGGCUGCCAUUGAUAUUGCUGCUGCUCCAGAACAAGAGCGUGAGAUUCAAAAGAGUUAUUGGAUGGAGCAAGCUGCAGAACUCACUUUGGAGGCAAUGAUGCUUGACUCAGAAGCAUCUGAUCUUGACAAAGAGGAUAGAACUGAGGUGCUCUCACUGCUCCCCUCAUAUGAAGGGAAAUCUGUGCUAGAACUGGGUGCUGGUAUUGGCCGUUUCACUGGGGAUUUAGCCGAGAAGGCUGGGGAACUUACAGCGUUGGACUUUGUUGAAGACGUGAUUAAGAAGAAUGAAAGCAUCAAUGGGCACCACAAAAAUGUCAAGUUUAUGUGUGCUGAUGUGACUUCACCAGAUUUGACGUUUUCACCUGAAUCUGUAGAUUUGAUAUUUUCUAACUGGCUGCUGAUGUAUCUUUCUGACAAAGAGGUUCAAGACCUUGCAGAGAGAAUGGUCAAAUGGUUGAAAGUUGGUGGCCAUAUAUUUUUUAGAGAGACCUGCUUCGGUCAAUCAGGAGACAACAAGCGAAAGAACAACCCCACACACUAUCGAGAACCUAGGUUCUAUACAAAGGUUUUCAAUGAAUGCAAUUUAAAUGACGCUGCUGGAAAAUCAUAUGAACUUUCACUCAUUGGUUUUAAGUGCAUUGGAGCUUAUGCAAGGACCAAAAAGAAUCAAAAUGAGAUUUGCUGGAUAUGGCAAAAGGUUCAUUCGGCAGAUGAAAGGGGAUUCCAGCAUUUCUUGGACACUGUUCAGUACAAGUCUAAUGGCAUACUCCGAUAUGAACGUGUCUUUGGAGAUAGCUUUGUGAGCACUGGAGGAAUAGACACUACCAGAGAAUUUGUUGCCAUGUUGGAUCUUCAGCCUGGUCAAAAAGUCCUUGAUGUUGGCUGUGGUAUCGGUGGAGGUGACUUUUACAUGGCUGAGAAGUAUGAUGUUUAUGUUGUUGGCAUUGACCUCUCAGUUAACAUGAUCUCUUUGGCUUUCGAGCGUGCUAUUGGUCGCAAAUGUGCGGUUGAAUUUGAGGUUGCUGAUUGCACAACGAAAACGUAUCCUGAGGGAACUUUUGAUGUGAUAUACAGCCGGGACACUAUCCUUCACAUCCAGGACAAACCUGCGUUGUUCAGAUCUUUCUAUAAGUGGCUGAAGCCUGGAGGCAAAGUCCUCAUUAGUGAUUAUUGCAAAAAGGCAGGACCAGCAUCAGAAGAAUUUGCAGAGUAUAUCAAGCAAAGAGGUUAUGAUUUACAUGAUGUUGAAGCAUAUGGCCAGAUGCUCAGAGAUGCUGGUUUCAAUGAAGUUGUUGCCGAGGAUCGAACUGAACAGUUCAUUAAAGUUCUAAAGAAGGAGUUAGAUACUGUGGAGAAGGAAAAAGAGUCAUUUAUCCAAGAGUUUUCUGAAAAAGACUACAAUGAUAUAGUUGGAGGUUGGAAGGCCAAGCUAAUCAGGAGUACUUCAUCUGGUGAGCAGAGAUGGGGUUUGUUCAUUGCCAAGAAGUGAUCAUGAUUGUCCAAGUGCAUUAUAUCCUCUGUUAAUUUAUGCACUAAAAUCUGAAUUUCUUGGUUUAGUACUAAAUAUUGUGGUGUUAUCCUAUGUAAUAUCAUUUACCUGCCUCUAGGGAUAAAUAUCAAUGUGCUGUUUGAUUGAAUCUUAUUCUUCAAGGAAAAAAAAUUAUGUAUUGGUCCACCCUCUUGGAGAGGAAAUUCUCUUUUUAAUUCGGCUGCUAUUUGCGCCGCCUUAUUACCUUCAUAAA